AUGGCUACUAAUCAAGGUCCUAGUGCUUCCGCACCGGAAGAUUUACCUCCGCCUUAUUCUGCGGUGGUGGGGAACCAACAGAUUGGAUUCGUAGUUCCAGGCGGAGAGCCAGCUCCCUCAGGGGCGUAUCCACAUCCCCAGCCACCAAAACAGUUUACUGCUCCAGGAGUGUAUCCACAUCCCCCAACUACAGUGACUAGUAUGCAACCCCAAAUGGGUGGUGUGCCACCGCCACCGCCUGGUGUCCCCAUCGGGGUUGUUUUACCGCCAGCAGUAGGCACGGAACCCACAACAAUGACAUGCUUUAAUUGUGGAAAAGUUGUUACCACAAGAGUUUCAUAUACAACAGCUUGGCAUACUCAUCUUGUGGCUGGCUCUGUUUGUGUGAUUACCAUGUUCUGUUCACUGUGCUGCCUUGGCCUAGUGCCAUACUGUUUUGACACAUUUAAAGAUGCCGAACACUACUGCCCAAACUGCAAUACUUUCAUUGGAAAAUGUAACAAAUGUUAA